AUGAAGGAGUACAGAUCCGAGCUCAAGAAGCUAGCCGUUCGAGUCAUGGAGACCAUGGAUGAGAACUUGGGCCUGCCCAAAGGUUACAUCAAUCGGGCCUUCAACGCCGGGGCCCAAACCGGCGACAAGGCCUUCUUCGGCACUAAGGUCAGCCACUACCCUCCGUGCCCCCAACCCGAAAGGGUAAAUGGGCUUCGGGCCCACACAGAUGCUGGUGGGGUCAUCCUCCUGUUCCAGGAUGACGAGGUGGGGGGCCUCCAGAUCCUGAAGGACGGUGAGUGGGUCGAUGUGCAGCCCAUUAAAAAUGCCAUAGUCAUCAACACAGGCGAUCAAAUCGAGGUCUUGAGCAAUGGGAGGUAUAAGAGCGUGUGGCAUCGGGUUAGGGCCAUGGGGGCUGGGAACAGGCGGUCUAUAGCCUCGUUUUAUAACCCGUCGUUCGAGGCUAAGAUCGGGCCCGCCGAGGGAUUGGUGGCCCAGUAUCCGGAGUUUGUGUUCGGGGAUUAUAUGUCGAUUUAUGCUGAGCAGAAGUUUUUGGCUAAGGAGCCAAGGUUUCAAGCUGUGAAAGCAGUGUAG